CAAGGCAAAGACACCAAAACACGACAUCCCCCGACCCGACCCAGUUCCGUCCCCCUCCCUAUUGACUCCAACAGACGAUCUCCAGCUGCUCUCUCACUCGCUCUCGCCAACCAUGGACUCGACCCCCGGCGCCGGCGAAAUCGCCUUCGACUGUCCCUUCUUCCGGAUCUACAAGGACGGCCGAAUCGACAGGUUCCAGGGCACCGACACCGUCCCCGCCUCCCUCGACCCCCAUACCGGCGUCCAAUCCAAGGACGUCCGGUUCUCCUCCGACCCCGACCUCUCGGUCCGCCUCUUCCUACCCGGGCACUCCGAUCCGGCCCGCAAGCUCCCCCUCCUCGUCUACAUCCACGGCGGAGCCUACUGCAUCGAGUCCCCCUUCUCCGCCAUCUACACCAGGCACCUCAACACCGUCGCCUCCGCCGCCGGGGUUGUCGCCGUCUCCGUGGAUUACCGGUGGGCGCCGGAGCACCUGCUUCCCGCCGCCUACGACGACGCGUGGGCCGCGGUCCGGUGGGUCGCCGCGCAGGCCCUGGGGGAGAGAGGGGCCGAGGCCGAGCCGUGGCUCCGCGACCACGCCGAUUUCGAUCGGGUGUUCCUCGCCGGCGACAGCGCCGGGGGCAACAUCGCUCAUCACGUGGCCACGCGGGCCGGGGUGGAGGGGCUGCCGGGGCUGAGGAUCGCGGGCGUGGCUCUGUUGCAGCCGUUUUUCAGGAACGACGGGCCGGAUAAGCUGAUGGAGAUCAUAUACCCUUCGAGCUCGGGCGCGACGGACCCGCGGACGAACCCGGCGUACGACCCGAACUUGAAGAAAAUGGCGGCGCAGAAGGCGCUUGUGUUCGUGGCGGAGAGGGACCAUCUGAAGGAGAGGGGGCGGUCGUACUACGAGGCGUUGAAGAAGAGCGGGUGGGAGGGGGUGGUGGAGAUUGUGGAGACUGAAGGAGAGGAUCACGUGUUUCACCUGUUCAAGCCGGGUUCCGACAAGGCCGCGGAACUGGUGAAGAAGUUUGCUUCUUUCCUGAAUCAAGAUUCGGGAGCGAGGCAGUGUCUGUAAUUCGUCGUUAAGCGUCUACCUGAUCUUGGUUGGGUUAAUAAUAAGUCAUCGAUCAUCAGUUGACAGUCGUCGGAAGUGAGAAUUGUUCUGAAGUGUCUUUUGUUGUUGUGUUAUCUUUUCAGUUCUGACUCGUGUCUGCGUUACUAGAUCAAAGCUUUGGUGGGUCGAGUCUGCUCUGUUACUUCUUUAUCCCCUUGCUGAGAACAGGGAUGUUCGAUCGCACGAGAAGCUUAAUUCAUGUAUGCAUGUGUUUUAUCAGCUUCUAAA